AUGGGUCGUUUCGGCCAUGAGUUCCUCGAGUUCGAUUUCAGAGUCGUCGGCGACGGUCGCAGCGCGGUAGCAAGAUAUGCCAACAACUCCAAUUACCGAAACGAUAGCUUGAUCCGAAAAGAGAUGUGUGUCAGCUCAGUUAUAGUCGACGAAAUUAAACGAAUUAUCAAGACGAGCGAAAUCACAAAAGAAGAUGAUUCAAAAUGGCCACAGAAGAACAAAGACGGACGUCAAGAAUUGGAGAUUCGUAUUGGUAAUGAUCAUAUCGCGUUCGAGACCGCCAAGAUUGGAUCUCUCGUGGAUGUGACAGAGUCCGCCGACCCGGAAGGUCUGCGAGUAUUCUAUUACCUCGUUCAGGAUCUGAAGGCUCUGGUCUUCAGUCUGAUCGCUCUGCACUUCAAGAUCAAGCCUAUUUAG